AUGGAAUCUGAGUACCGCAGACUGGCGGACACCAUCCGCCAAAAGGCCAGCAGCCACCCCAAGCCGCGCUAUCUCGUUGCCAUUGCAGGAGUCCCCGGGUCUGGUAAGACCACGACCGCCGAGGCUGUGGUUCAGCAGCUGAAUGCCUCCCCUACGGUACACGCCGCCCUUCUUUCGAUGGAUGGAUUUCAUCUGUCUCGCGCAGCUCUGGACCAGCUGCCCAACUCCACGGAGGCACACGUGCGCCGCGGCGCACCAUGGACAUUCGACGUCGUAAGGUUCGUGGAGUUCGUUGGCCGACUUCGAGCGUGGGCCGACGAGACCCCAUUGGCAGCUCCUUACUCGGGCAAAUGGACUGCCCAGGACGUCAUCCGGGCCCCGGCUUUCGAUCACAAAGUCAAGGACCCCGUCGAAAAUGGGAUUGCCAUUACACCCGACGUUUCGAUCAUCAUCGCCGAGGGCAAUUACCUCCUUCUCGAUGAGCCGGGAUGGAGAGACCUGGCCACGAUGGUUGACUGCCGAAUCUUUGUGGAUACCGAUCUGCAAGAAGCGCGCGAGCGAACUGCCAAGCGGCAUGUACGUGCGGGCAUUGAAAAGACCCUGGAGGAUGGGUAUCGGCGGGUGGAUAGUAACGACUAUCUCAAUGGGGUCUCAAUCCGUGACAAGUUACUUGCUCCCGAUAUGGUGGUAAAGAGUUUGACGGCGAAUAGCGCGGUGUAA